UAGUAACUAGCUCUUUCCCUUUUUCCAGGUUACUCCCGGAAGCAAGGCUGCUAUAGCUAAUUUAUGUAUUGGAGAUAUAAUUACAGCCAUCGAUGGGGAAAAUACCAGCAAUAUGACGCACUUGGAAGCUCAGAACAAAAUCAAGGGCUGUGUAGACAACAUGACUCUCACAGUAUCCAGAUCUGAACAUAAAGUCUGGUCUCCUCUCGUGACAGAGGAAGGGAAACGUCAUCCGUACAAGAUGAACUUAGCCUCUGAACCGCAAGAGGUCCUGCACAUAGGAAGUGCCCACAACCGGAGCGCCAUGCCCUUCACCGCCUCGCCUGCCUCUGGCUCUGCCCCCAGGGUCAUCACAAACCAGUACAACAACCCCUCCGGCCUCUACUCCUCUGAAAACAUCUCCAACUUCAACAGCGCCUUGGAGGCAAAGACGGCAGCCGGUGGACCAGAGACGAACGGCAGAGGCUUAGAGCAUUCUCAGUCUCCAAGUGGACUCGUCAUCGACAAAGAAUCCGAAGUUUACAAGAUGCUUCAGGAGAAACAGGAGUUAAAUGAGCCCCCGAAACAGUCCACUUCAUUCCUGGUGUUGCAGGAGAUCCUGGAAUCGGAGGAGAAAGGGGAUCCCAACAAGCCCUCGGGAUUCAGAAGUGUUAAAGCUCCGGUCACCAAAGUGGCUGCAUCGAUUGGAAAUGCCCAGAAGUUGCCCAUGUGUGACAAAUGCGGCACCGGCAUCGUCGGCGUGUUCGUGAAGCUGCGGGACCACCACCGCCACCCUGAGUGUUACGUGUGCACCGACUGUGGCACAAACCUGAAGCAGAAGGGCCAUUUCUUUGUGGAAGAUCAAAUCUACUGUGAAAAGCAUGCCCGAGAGCGGGUCACCCCACCGGAAGGCUACGACGUGGUCACUGUGUUCCCCAAGUGAGCCAGCAGAUCUGCACCGAACACUAUUCUCCCACUAGCCCUGUCGCGCCUCGUCCCUGCCCCGCCCUCUCCUCUCUCGGAGGUCCCUGCUCCCUGUGGUUUGAUCCCUGCACAUAAACGUGGCGUCCCCGCCUGUGCUAACUGGCUCCCACUGCCCUGUGAUGCUGCCUUUAUAGUACAUGGAAGAGCGUUUUGUUCCGUGUCCCCUGCCAGCAUCCUCUCUUCACCUCAGUUCGUCUCUGCUGCACACGGACAGCAGCCCAAUCAGAAGCAAACCGAAUUGACUGUGUCUGCCGUUGGUUUUGUUUUUACUCAAUAAAUGUAUGGACUCUAAGGCA